CACAGAGGCCCCUGUGGUGGACAACUCACCCCUAAGGCCUGGGACAGCUGGCUGCUCUCCUUGGGGCUCCUUUGCCCUCACCCUUCUUAGGAAGAGGACCCAUGGCCCAGGUGGCCCCAUGCCUGCUGUGCCCUGUGCUGCUGGUGCUCCUGACCUUAGGUGCCUGGGCCCAGUGCUGGGAGCUUCUAAAACUGCAGGAGGGCGAGACGCUCUCUGUGCGCUGUGAGCACGGCACACAUGGAAGAAGACGGGUGAAAGCUUGGUGUCGACAAAGGCCAACAGAGGUAUGUGACGUCUUAGUGACCAGUGGUCAGACUUUCGAUUCACGAUGUUCCAUCAAGGAUUUCAAGUACAGCUUUGAGGUCACCAUGACCGAGCUCAGAGUACAGGACUCGGGAUCCUAUCAUUGUGGAUUCCUUGAAGAUCAGUUCUACAGUUUCAAAAUCGUGCACCUGACGGUGUCUAAAGCUCCAACCCUACAUCCCACCAGGAGCACUCCGAGGACCAUGACAGUCCCAGCCCCAGCCUCUGCCUCCAGCCCAGCUACUGACAGUCCUCCAGGUGGCUGGCAGUGGAAGGGGGUCGUGGUGGGCGUGGUGGUGGCCAUCCUCCUCCUGCUGCUGCUGCUGGGCCUCAGCGUGCUCAUGGCCCUGUACCUCCGGAGAGCCCAAGGAGGAGCCCAGAAAGGUGGAGGAGCUGGGAACGGCGAGAGAGAUGUCCACCACGUCUAUGAGGACCUUGCAGCCCCAAAGGAGAGCGCUGACUUUGAGCAUCCAGUCCCCUCUGACCAGGACACCGGGACUGUCCACUAUGCCUCCCUCACUCACCUAAGUCACUCUGGCACCGAGGACCCCACUGACUACGAUAGCCGUUUCCUGUCUGUGGAAUACGCCAGCAUUGCUGGACGCAGGCCCCAGCCCUCAGCACACCCUGCCCUUGAGGGAGAGCCCAGGAAGUGAAGGCUGGCGGGGUCCACUGGGCAGCAGGUACUGCUCGGGCGUUCCCUGUAUAAAGCUACUGUGCCCACCAAAAGGUGACUGCGCAUAGCCGAUGUGACCAGGCUGGUCAGGGCCAGCGUCCUGCUGCAGGGAGUGGAGGCAGGAGCAGGAGAGGGGAGUUCUGAGCACAGCAGAGGGUGUCCGGCCCUGCUCGGUUGUCUAGGCCUGUGAAGACGCUCCCAGGAGAGAGUCCAAUAGGAUGGGGGCCCCUGCUCCUUCAGUGCCUGCCACUUCCUUCCUGGCCAGGGUAUGGGUGCCUGGUGGCUUGUGCAAGUCCCUCUGUCACUGCCUCUGCAGCCUGGAAGCCAGGCAGGGGCUUGGCCCCAUUCCCAGAAAACUCCUUUGCUGCUGGUCUCCUGGUGCUGCCUCCUCAACUGUCAGGGAUUCCCACCACCCUGCCAGGCAGA